AUGAAACAAACCCGAAAGGCAGCUUACUAUAAUCCAGAAAUUGUCUCUUCUCCAACUUAUUCUGCUUUUGAACCUUACAAGUUUUGUCCACUUCUGCUACUGCCGGCUCUUAUGUGUCGUUCCGAUGGCUGGAAUAGUGAGACGUGGCAUAACUUCUUUCUUAACCUUAAUCGUUUAUCAAUCCACAACCAAAGUUUCUUUGAAGAUGACUUAUCUUCGGAACUUAAACAAACAUUCAUGGUUGCUUCCACCGCCGCCGGCGAUGUGUGGACUUUUCUUGCAGGCGGUCUUAGUGCGUCUGCUUCUAUUGAAGCCUCUUCUGUUUCACUAACGAACUCUGUAGAUCUGCCCCGCGACCAGUGGGACCGGGACAAGAGUCUUAGGUCUGAAGAUAAACUUUUUCAAAGGAACCGUGCUUUGGCUAGUCGCUGGCUAGUCUUUUCUCCCGAAGAAGUGCAAGUUCGUCUAUUGAUUCUGGUAAAUUUCCUUUUAGAUUUUGACAUGCAUUUACAUUGA